CACUAAUAGGACAAUUAAUCUAUUCUGUCUGCGCCCGCCCCUCUCCGCCAGCUGUAGCUCCCUGUGCACUUCGCCCAAAGUAGGCCUCAGUGCCAAAUCUAUAGGUCAUGGCUGGCUGAUAACUGACGGUUAAGCUCAGUCGUUGCCAUUCGCGAACGCCUAUAGCCAGCCCCCCCGUGUUUUCUUAUUGCACACCAUGAACAGAAAGCAUGGGGCGGGAGAAUAAUAGACCCACUUCAUGCAGCCUUGAACGCAGCUCGGCAUACUGCGUGAUAUCCCUUGAGUUUACUCCAACGAGGAAGGUGCGGUGUACUCCGCCGCUUCUUUGGAUAUUUCACGUGAAUCAUGUUGUUUGCUGCGGGGGUACAGGCUCGAGAUGUUAUAGAAGGCCGAAGGAUUCCCCAAUUCUUACACUCCUUGCCUAUCCUUAAAUUCUAGCGCGCCUUUAGAAACAAUGAAGUUCUUCCAGGCUAUUGUCACUGGUGUUGUGGGGGCUCAGGUUGUCUUGGCUGCCGUUUCUGAGACUCCCGCGCUGGUCAAGGAAAGCGUCGCCUCAGAUAUCCUUAAAGAUAUUGAGAAUGCAGCAACUUGCGCCGCAUGCGAGGCAGUUUUAAUUGCCCUGAAGGGUCUUGCACACUUGGGCAAUAAACCUUUCGUAAACGUUCUUACAGACAUUUGCAAGCUUGCCAAGGUUGAGGAUGACGAUGUCUGUGAGGGCCUCAUUGCCGCAGAGGGACCAGUGAUUGCACAUGACAUGAGAGGGAUUAAAAUUGGGUCUGCUACCUCCAAGACCCUUUGUGCCUCCCUCAUCGGACUUUGCCCAUUCCCGGACGUGAAGCCGUACGCCAUACCUUUCCCAAAGCCAAAGCCAGCCACCAAGCGCCCGGUUUCUAGCGGACAGGCGCCGAUUCAAGUUGUUCACAUUAGUGAUACUCACGUUGAUCUCUCCUAUGAGGUUGGUGCGAAUUACAACUGCACGAAGCCAAUCUGCUGUCGCUCAUACACGCCCAAUGAUGCGCCAGGACACAACUCAUAUCCUGCUGGCGAAUUCGGUAAUCCCCUCUGCGAUCCUCCGGUCACGCUCCAGGAAAGCAUGGUUCAGGCCAUUAAGGCCAUUGCGCCUGAUGCUGCAUUCACAGUCUUCACUGGCGAUGUCGUUGCACACGAUCUCUGGUCUGUCGACAAGGCCGAGGUUCUUACUGACCUCAACUCGACCUACUCUAUCCUCUCCAACCUUGAUCUUGUUUACCCCGUCAUCGGCAACCACGACGUGGUGCCAGUCAACUGCAUUCCUCCAACCACCAUAUCUACCACCUUAGGUGUUCAAUGGGCAUAUGAUACUCUUGCAAGUUACUGGAAUGGCUGGAUCAGCACCUCGGGAGAAGCUAAUACCGCUAAUGAGUAUGGCGCCUACUCUGUGAAAUAUCCCGGAGGGAAGCUCCGCGUCAUUUCGCUGAACUCUGUCUUCUACUAUACCCUCAACUUCUGGCUGUACGAGGAGCCCAUGCAGAACGACCCCAACGGUCAGUUCACUUGGCUUAUCAAGGAGCUACAAAGCGCCGAGGAUGCCGGAGACAACGUUUACAUCAUCUCCCACAUCCCUCCCGGAUCCUCCGAUUUCUUCCACAGCUUCUCCAACACCUUCAACAAAAUCGUCAACCGCUAUGACGCCACCAUCGCUGCCAUGUUUUACGGACACACCCACGUCGACGAGUUUGAGAUCUCAUACUCUGAUUACGCCAACCGAAACGCUGACACUGCUGUUGCCAUGUCGUACAUCGCCCCUUCCAUGACUCCCACGUCUGGCUCUCCUACAUUCCGCGUCUACACUGUUGACCCAGUGACCUAUGGUGUUCUCGACUUCAUCGACUAUACCACCGACAUCACAGCAGACAAGCUCUCCUGGACCAAGUACUACUCCGCUAAGGAGGCUUACGGUUCCCUACUCACCCCUCCUGUCACCGACGCUGCUGCCGAGCUUACCCCUGCCUUCUGGCACGAUGUCACUACCCUCUUUGAGACGAACGAGGCAGCCUUCAAGGAUUUCUUCGCGCGCAAAAGCCGUGGUUUCAAUGUUGAGGCUUGUGACGCUGCAUGCAGAGCCGAGCAGAUCUGCAUGGCCCGAGCUGCAGAGUCGCAGUACAACUGCGACGUACUGAAGCCGGGAUUGAACAUAUCUAAGCGUGACGAGGAAAGCCACGCCCACCGCGAUGAGUGUGAGGGGACAAGACUAAGAGAAGUCUUUGGACAGAUCGGCCAGAACCACGAGACGUUCAUCAAGUAUAUUGAUUCUGAGGUUGCGGCUUUCAAGAAGGCCAACGCUGUUUAAUUCUUCUCUUCGAUUUUAGAUCGAUUAUGGCUUUGAUUUUGGAUACGUAGAAUUUUGCCAUGUUCGUUCUAUUUAAGGCGGUAGUUGACGAUAGAUGAGAGAUGAUUAUUUAUAAUGUAUAUAUGGUAGCAUCCAUAAUAAAAUAUUUGCACGGCGGGAUGGAAUAUUCCAGUGCUGCAGAGGGUCAAUAG